AUGGUCCGCGAGGAUCUGAUCGACGGCGCCGUCACCUUCCUCCAGGACCCCUCUGUCUCCUCGGCGCCUCUCGAGCAGAAACUCUCCUUCCUCCGCUCGAAGAACCUGACGCAAGAGGAGAUUGAUGCCUCGCUUGCCCGCGUCGGCCAAUCUCCCACCGCGCAGCCACCCGCACAGUAUUCCAACUACGCCCAGCAAUAUCGACAGCCGGCCCAACAAUAUGGAGGCUACCAGCAAUAUCAGUCGUGGGGCCAGCCGCCGCCCGAUCUCCCCCGGCGGGACUGGCGCGACUGGUUCAUCAUGGCCACGGUGAUGGGCGGCAUCGGCUAUGCGACGUACUGGACGGCGAAACGCUACAUCUACCCUCUCAUUGCCCCUCCCACCCCACCCCAGCUGGAGCAGGAUAAAGCCAGCAUAGACGCCUCGUUUGACAAAGCCUUUGCCCUCCUUGACCAACUGGCGACCGACACGCAAGAGCUUAAGGACUCGGAAGCAGAGCGGAAGCAACGACUUGACCAUGCAUUAGCAGAGGUGGAGAGCGUGGUCGGAAAGAUCAAGGAGGCGAAUGACAACCGCGAGAUGGAGGCGAAGCGAAUGGCACGGGAGCUUGACGAUAUCAAAUCUCAGAUUCCAGAAGCCAUUCAAAAAGAGAAGGAGGCCAUUGAUGGCAGACUCAAGGACCUGGCCGGGGAGAUGAAGAGCCUGAAGACCUUGGUCGCAAAUCGGGUAGGCGGUGGCGUUCCAGCGCCGCGAGCCACACCUCCAUAUGGCGCCAACGCGACGAACGGCAUCAACGGGGGAAGCAGUGCAUCACCGGCUGUGCAAGCACCCGAGAUCAACGGAUCAAGCGGGUCGGGCGAGGAGGGGGAGAAGCCUGCGCCGAGUUCAGUGCUGCCGGAGCGGUCAGCAUCCUCUACACCCUACAUUGGCAGGACACUGGCUGGCAAGGCGCAGAUCCCGGCGUGGCAGCUUGCAGCGAAGAAGAAGGCAGAGGAAGCGAAGGCAGAGAGCGCAAAGGAGACAUCGACGAGCGAGAAUGGAACAGCAGCAAGUGAUGUCGUUGCCGGUGCAUAG